AUGAGGAAGGUACAAAUAAUUUUUGCAAUAUGUUAUUUUCUAAUUUUAUGUUGUUUAAUAAAACCGAGUACGGUUAGCAUAUUCUGUGAAAAUAUAAGUGAUGAUGAAGAUGUAUACACAAGUACAUUAAGAGGACAAAAUUUCAGCGAAGAAUUUAUAGCCCUAUUUGACAACAAGGAUGUUCGUGCUACGAUAGAAAAGUUUAUUUCAGAAGAACAUGUAAAAAACUACAUUAGCAGUGUCAGAAAAACUGAAGAAAAUAUAAUUAAAACUGUUGAAAAAUUAUUAGUAACAGAAUUUCCAUCCACCAUUGGACUUAAGGGAGACAUUGUCAAAAAUGAACUAUUGAAAUUUUUAACCAUUAUAUUUACAAAGCAGGAAAAUCUUGUGAAGAAAAUUUUUGAUUACUUUAAUAAAAGCUCUUUCAACAUUGGUGAGAAUUAUCGUCAUUUCGAAAAUAAAUUUUGGGGCCAAUAUGAAAAUAUUGAAAAUUUAAAAAAAAAAUAUUCAUCCAUUUUUAAUCAAGUAUAUGAAUCAGUGGAUAGUACAAAGAAAAGUGAAGAUAAUAAAAGCAGUGUGUACUUUAUUGACAUCAAGGAUAAAAUAAUUUCGAAUAUAACAUCGCUUAAGGACAUUUUGAGAAAACUAAGAGGUGAAGUUGUUUCUCUUUAUAACUUAAACUAUGGAUUGAAUGAAUUGAAAAAUGAGGUGGAUGGAUAUAUUAUAAAAUUUAAGAGAGAAAUACAGGGUGAGGAGGGCACUCCCAUCAGUGAAGAUGCUGGAAAUGGAAAAGAAAAUGAUAUGAACAUGCUGAACCUGGUGGAAGAUGUGAUAUCGAAAUUGAUGUUCGAAUUGGGAACCCAAGUUUCCAAAACGAAAGAUGAACUUCAAAAACGGAUAACGACUCUGGAGAAGGAACACAUGGAUAUGUCUAAUGAAAUCACGAGGUUGGACAUUCACCAGAAUUCCCCCAAGCUAUCCAUCGUAAAGAACAACAAUUUCCUGAACAUUGAAAGCAUUCGGGGUGAGUAUGAGGAGUACGUAAAUAAAAUGAAAACCGACGGAGACGCUGUAGACGACACGAAUGGUGAGAAGGAUAUAAAGGAUAGUGAUGGUGAGGACGACGGGCCCGUGUUCGAGAAAACCAUGGUACUCCUGGAAAAGCACUCCUCCUGGGUGAAGGAACAGGAUGCCUUAACCUACUGUAAGAGGGACGACAUCGCCGAAGUUUUGAAGAUCUGCCUUAACUUGGUGGAGAAGGUGAGGGAUUUAAUUAUACACGAAAAUUUCAAUUUAUUGAUGAAAUAUGAGAAGCUGUACGAGGAGCUGAAUAAGUUUCUGUACGAUUCGAGAAGCAGAACCCUGGACAUGUCGUACAUGAAGGCAUGGUAUGCCAUCGAGAAUUUCAAUGGAACGGAAAUCCUGAUAAAGGGAGUUGACCGCCUACUGCGCACGAUUAGUAUACUCACACAGAUGAUUAAUCUUUUUAAGGAAACUAAUAAAAAUAUGAACGCAGAUGUAAUUUCUAACCUGAACAAGUUAAAUGAUGGGUUUAACAAUGCAGCGGAGAAAGUAAUUCUAUUUAAGGUGGAGCUAGCCAAAUUAAUGCAUCCUACACAUAGUCUACAAGUUAUAAAAAAUAAUAUUGAAAAGUUUGGACAUGUGUAUAAGGAUAACCUUGCGAAGAUGAAGGUUAUUACAAAUUCAUUUGAUAUUGCCUCUGAAAAUAUGCAAAGAGAAAUUGAUGAAAUUUUAAAAAUUGUAAGUAAUAUAAUUCAGACAGACAAUUUAAUUAGCGAAUUUAAAACGAUUAGGAGAGUAUGGAAGGGGCACGUUAAACUCACUUUGAAUGAACUGAAUGAGAAGAAGGGGCUUCUCAUUAAUGCGUAUAAAGAAAAUAGAGAUGUGAUUUUCCCCCCAUGGAUGGAUUAUUCCACAUCCAACGUUUUGCCCAGUGGAGGGUUAGGAAACGCAUUGACAGGUGCUCUGGGUGGGCUACUAAGCAGAAUACUAAGCCAUGCAGGUAACCUUAAUGGGAACUCCAUUAGCAAGAACACCUUGGAGUCGCCAUAUUUUAUGAACAUGUACAAAAACGUGAUGAAUAAAUUAGAUACGGUGAAAGACGAAGGAGAAAUGAAAAAGCUCUUCUCUGUUAUAUACAGAUCAGUGGACAGUGUUAUAGAAAUAGUUAGAGAGAACAGGGAACAGAUAAAUCGAGAGUAUAAGAAGAAGCGAGAGGAUAUUAUGAAUUUGGUUAAUUAUAGGAAGGACUCGAGAGUUGACAUGACAAAAGUUUAUAACAAAUUGAUCGAACUAGAGGGAGACUUGGUUAGAAAUUUAGAGAAAUUAUUUUUAAAUAAAGUGAAUUUGUAUAAACAGUUGGAACAUUCUGUGGAGGUGACAAAGGAGGAGCUCUUCAAGGACAAGGUACCUCCUUACUGCCAGUUGGUGGAAGAAUUCAUUACUAAAUAUUUUCUGACCAUGGUGAGGUGGAAAAGGCUUAUAAACAACAACAGAGAUUUAUUCCCUCCUGAGUUGAUAUCAAACAUUGUGGAGUAG